GACCAGAUUAUGGAAAACAGCACGCUUGAUUGGUUGUUUUGUUGGCGUCUGACAUCAGUCAGUGUGUAUGUGAGCCAUGGGCGGUCCGCUGAGGAUGACUACUUUAGGAGAAGGCCUGCCCCCCCCCCCACACUGAAAGCAGAAAACUGGACGACAGACGCUCCGAAGAAGAACAAGUGAGAGACUUCCAAGAAGAAGACGGCAGGUUGCUUUAUCGUAGGCCAAUACAAGAACGCAUAAAGAUCUUUGGUUUUGUUUCAAAAUCAAAGCCUAAAGAAGCAAGGACGUGGAUCUACACCCAAAAGUCGAACCACGCAUAUUACAUCAAGAGCCUUUCUCCCUCUUUCCACCCUCCUCCUCCUCCUCCUGCAGCAGCUCCCUUCUCUCCUCGACAGUCUGGUCUACCGUCUCCACCUGAGCUGUAAUCAUGGACCGCUCGGUGCAGGAGCUGUUCCUCAACUUCAUGAUCGUCCUAAUCACGGUGCUCCUCAUGUGGCUGCUGGUGAAAACGUACCAGAUUUAAACCACGGAGCAGAGAAGAGAUGAGCCGAGAGAGACGUGGAGAUGACGGGAUGACGGAGGGGGAUGUGUGUGUGUGUGAGUGUGUGUUUGUGCACAGGGGAGGCUGCAUGGUCGCUGUAAGACGUUGCAGCUGAUUGAAUGUGGUCCAGACACAGUGUUUACAUGUUUUUCAUUCAGCAAGGUCACUGGUCUGAUGCAGUUCUUUCACAUUCAAAAGGCCAAUUCUUUGUUUGAUGGCUCAAGUAAAAGUCAAUGACAAACUCGUCUUUAAUCUGCUUUUGUAUUGAUAUAUAUUUUUUUUCUUUUAAGAGAAUUAGGAGGGUGAAUAAAUUAAAAGAAAAUGAAUUUGAGCCUUAAAAAAACUGCAUAACCAGCUGCUAUAGGAAAAACUGCAAAAGCAUCACAAACAGUAGUUCGUCCACCACUUCAUGUCACUGUGUUAUUCAUGUGACUUUUGAUACACUGAAUCAUGCUGUUUUGUACACGGUCCCAUUUUGACAAAGCAAUGAAUGUUCAUGUACUCAUAAAACAAAACGGCGACUCCUGAAGCAUCACCUGUAUGUUCACUUCUUGUCAUUAAACAGUCUUUUGUUAGUUGGA